CCUGGGAGCACAUAUCUAGUGUCCUCUGGGGAGUAGCGGAGCCAAAUUCAGGACUGAUCGAUCAUGACUUCUAUAAAGGAGCAGGCAGCAAUUAGCCGGCUCUUGAGUUUUUUACAGGAUUGGGACAAUGCUGGAAAAGUCUCAAGGACUCAUAUCCUCAACAAUUUCAUUGAAAUCAACCAAGGCAAGACUGGCCCUGAACUGGAGCAGGAGUUUUCCCAGGGAGCCAGCUUGUUCCUGGUGCGCUUGACCACCUGGCUCAGACUCACCUACAUGACUGGCUCGUGCCUAGAGAAGCUUUUAAGGUCCAUUGGCAUCUUCUUAUCAGCUGUAAGCAGUAACCGGUACCUCAUAGAGUUCCUUGAGGUUGGAGGCGUCCUAACACUCCUAGAAAUACUUGCGCUGGAGAAGAUCAGUGAGGGAGACAAGAAGGAAUCCAUCAAGCUACUUCAGGUUAUUGCAAACUCUGGCAGGAAGUACAAGGAGCUCAUUUGUGAAAGCUAUGGUGUACGGUCCAUAGCAGAAUUUUUGGCAAAGUGUAAGUCAGAAGAGACCCAGGAGGAAGUGCAAGUUCUGUUGGAUUCUUUGCUCCACGGCAACCCCAAGUACCAGAAUCAAGUGUACAAAGGUCUAAUAGCUUUGCUGCCCUGCACGUCCCCGAAAGCUCAGCAGCUGUCCUUGCAGACCCUCAGGACUGCCCAGCCGAUCAUCGGGAGCACACACCCCAGCAUCGUGGACUGUGUGCUGAAUGUGCUGCGCACGAUGCACCUGGAAGUCCAGUGUGAAGCCAUCAAGCUGAUCAAGGACCUGGUCAACUACGACGUGUGUGCCCCGCUGCUCAAGGGCCUUGUGGACCUGCUGAUACCAUCCGUCAAGGAGACUUGCAAACUGCAGCCCAAGAUCCUCAAUGACUCUACGGUCCUCCAGCUCACCGCCCACCUGCCGGUGUUUCUGCAGCAGGCCGCAGCUGCCAAGGCCAUCAGGGUCCUGGCGCACAGCAACUUGAGCUUAGCGGAGGAGAUGCUACACCUGCGUGUGGUGCCCAGCCUGAUGGCCGCCAUGGGCAACACGGACCACAGCAACAGCCAGCAACAGGCCAGCCUCGCGCUGGAGUUCUUCGUGCAGACAUUCCCAGUGGUGGAGGAGCAGGUGCGCAGGUCCAUGGGAGAGGAGCUCUACAAGCUCUUCCUUAGCAACGCAGAGGACUUGUACAUGAAAAUGGAUAGCGUUCAGGUGGACAUCUUGGCAGCCAACAAAGUCAAUGUUAGCAAAACGGGCCCCUUGUACGGCAAUAGGCACUUCGACUAUGGCCUUGGUGAUCAGGAGCAGCUGGACGACAUCACUCACUCCCAAGAGGAUAAGGAAGGAAAGGAGUGA